GAAGCUCUUUUCCUUUCGCUCGUCGACGCGUACAGAUCGUUGGAUUUAAUCCAGUGUAAUCCGCGAGUAGAACGUGUUUCACCGAAUCAAAAGAUGAGUGAAACUUUGCAAUUAAAAGGUAUCCUAUGGGGGCACAGUGGCUGGGUCACCCAAAUCGCCACCAACCCCAAAUAUCCUGAUAUGAUUUUGUCUUCUUCACGAGACAAGACUUUGAUUGUUUGGAAAUUAACUCGUGACGAAACCAACUACGGAAUCCCGCAAAAACGUCUCCACGGGCACUCUCACUUUAUCAGCGACGUGGUUCUCUCCUCAGACGGUAAUUACGCCCUCUCUGGUUCCUGGGACAAGACCCUCCGUCUGUGGGAUCUUGCUGCAGGACGUACUACUCGUCGUUUUGAGGACCAUACCAAGGACGUAUUGAGUGUCGCUUUCUCCGUAGACAACCGUCAAAUCGUCUCAGGAUCACGAGACAAGACCAUCAAGUUGUGGAACACCCUUGCUGAGUGCAAGUACACCAUCCAAGAUGAAGGACACAGUGACUGGGUCAGUUGCGUCCGUUUCUCGCCAAACCACACCAACCCAAUCAUCGUCUCCGCUGGAUGGGAUAAGACCGUCAAGGUCUGGAACUUGACCAACUGCAGACUAAAGAUCAACCACUACGGACACACCGGGUACCUUAACACCGUCACUGUUUCUCCUGACGGUUCUCUCUGUGCUUCUGGUGGAAAGGACUGCAAAGCCAUGUUGUGGGACUUGAACGACGGCAAGCACUUGCACACCCUCGACCACAACGACAUCAUCACCGCUUUGUGCUUCAGCCCGAACAGAUACUGGCUCUGUGCCGCUUUCGGACCCUGGAUCAAGAUCUGGGACCUCGAGAGCAAGGAAAUGGUUGAGGAACUCAAGGCUGAGGUCGUCUCCUCUAACAGCAAGAUCGAACCCCAAUGUCUUUCGCUCGCUUGGUCGACUGACGGGCAAACUCUGUUUGCUGGUUACUCUGACAACACUAUCCGUGUAUGGCAAGUGUCCGUCACUAGCCGUUAAGAUUUUGUAAAUUGCUGGAAAGAUUAAAUUUAAACAAAACUUUAA